AGGCGUAUCCCACCAGCGUUGGCAGCGCUCAUUUCUUGCGCUCCGAGCUGCUGGGUGGAGGCGCGGCUCGAGCGCAGCGCUGCAGCCGCGGCCGCUGGUUUAUUCGAAGGAGACUUUCGUGCGUCGGUUCUGCGAGAGUGCGUUCGGAAGGAAAGACGGGCUGCGUAAACGCGCACUCGCCCGCAGCGACCGGAGAGCCGCGCGUCCUUGCGCCGGAGGAAGCGCCAAACUUCAGCGGCGAGCUGAAACCCGAUUUAAUAGUCAGUGCACUGGGACUGGACAUGCUCCUGGGGACUUUCUUCUAAAAUGUGAUUUAUUCGAUUAUACUUCCAGGUGCGUCCGUGUUGUGCGCUUAGUUAGUUCCGCUCGCACGUGCCAAAUGCUGGAAUGGCUUGUGGCUCUGUGCAUUGUGAUCCUGGGGGUCCUGAUCUGGCCCGGACCCAAAUACUUUGGCACCGAGAGCCAGCCGGAUGCUCUGCUUCGGGGUCUGGGGGCUGCGGGCCCGAACGGACGGGGGCGCGUCGUCGACAGAGAGCGGAGCGACGGCGACGGCGCGCAGGCGGCCGCGGCCGCGGGGGAGGCGCGCGCCGUGGCCCUCGUCUGCAAGCCGUCCGCUCUGGCCAACUAUCUGCUGAAGCACUGCAGGACGUUCACGCAUUAUUCCCCACGCGUGGGCUGGACGUGGCGGGCGAGCGCCCUGCUCCAGAGCGCGUACGAGGCGUGCUGGCCGUACCGCAGCCCGGUCCAGUUCGUGCGGGACAACCUGCAGCUGAGCGAUGACGGACUGGUGGCGCUGGACUGGGCAGUGCCGGCCUACCAGAAACGGCGCCGAACCUCCAGCCACUCCACCAGCCCGGUUCUCCUCAUCAUCCCUAACUCUUUUGGCAAGAUCACUAGAACUGUGUUAAAGCUGUGUGAGACGUCGCUGUCCCACGGCUACCUCCCGGCCGUCUUCAACCGCCGCAGCCACAACGGGACCCCUCUGACCACCGUGCGGCUGCAGCAGUUCGGCGACCCCGCCGACCUGCGCGAGGCCGUGCGCUACAUCCGCCACCGGCAGCCGGCCGGGAGGCUGUACGCCGUGAGCGAGAGCACCGGCUCGGGGCUCCUGCUGUCCUACCUGGGGGAGUGCGGCUCGUCCAGCUACGUGACCGCCGCCGUCUGCCUGUCGCCCGUGUUCCGCUGCCAGGGCUGGUUCGAGGGCGGCCUGAGCCGCCCGCUGCAGUGGGCCCUGGUGCUGUACCAGAAGAUGUGCCUCAGCAGGUACCGGACGGUGCUGGGCGAGACCGUCCACACCGACGCCCUGUUCUCCAGCUGCUCCCUGCGAGGCCUGGAGGAGGCGCUCUUCUGUCAGCCAGCGGGUUCAGCCACCGCGAGGCCCGUUCCCCCGGGCGCCUGGGACGCCUACUGGGAACGCAACGAGCCCCUGAGAGACGUGGAUGAAGUGGCCAUCCCCGUCCUGAGCGUGUGCGCUCGGGACGACCCGGUCCGCGGCGACGCCCAGUCCACCAUACCCAUGGAGCUCUUCGAGACCAACCCGCACUUCUUCCUCCUCCUCACCGAGCGCGGAGGUCACUGCGGGUUCUCCGCCCAGCCCGAGGGCGGCGCCGCCGGGGGAUUUAGCGCAGUGGGCUCGGCGGCGCCGCCCGCCAGCGGGCCGGAGGGCCUCGGGCCCAGCUGGAGCCACAGGGCCCUGCUGGAAUUCUUCAGGGCGACCACGGACUUCUUUGCUGCGGAGGAGAGGACGAAGCAGCUGGCGGCCAGGAGGAGGGGACUGGGGGCGGGUGCGGGAGGACGGGCCUUCCAGAACCGCAGCGUCAGUGCCUGCAAGCGAGUGCCAGCGUGUUCCCAUAAUAUCCAUGCCAUUUACAACUGGCAGAGGUCCUACACACGAUGAUGGAGCUCAUAAUGGACAGCGGCGAAGCCUUGUUCUCUCACAAUAAUGGCAAAAUGAAGGAAACUACAGCUCAUAGUGUGUCGUACUUCGAGAUGAUGGAGAGUUUGUGCGGCAGGUUCCAUUUGUGUCAGUUGCCAUCAAUCACCAACAGCUGAUCAUCCUCUUCUACAGGUCGAGAACAGUCGGUUCACCUCCUGUUAAAACUGAAAGACAAAUUCAGACUCACCUGCAUUUAUUCAUCUGUCUCUGUUUUACACGUUUGAUGACACUUGUAGCCACGUUUGACGUCAUCAUUUAAACUGUUACUCCACACUCGCUCGCUGUUAUUUCAUGCUGUGCAUUCAGUGGAGUUUACUGUGACUGUCAGAAUAAAUGCGGGGGGUUUAAGCGUGACGUUUGACUUACUUUGACCGAUAUUUUUUGAUGUUUAAUUGGUAAAAGUCGUCGCGUUUCCUUGUCUCAUCAUUCAAAUGUGCUCCAAGGUUUGUGCAUCCUGACUGUUUGAGACCUGUGAAGGUUUCACACUCAAACACACGAUUGUGACUCACUCAGGAUCGCUUUUAUUUUGUUCAUUAACCGUUGAAAAAUAUGUUUAGUGAAGUCACAAUACUGAUGUUUGUCCACAAUAGUGGUGAAUAAAAUGAAUACACGUCUCACUUA